UGGGGGGGGAGACAAACCCUGCCCAUUCGGCUUGGAGCCCGGAACGGCCGCGGAAGUCGGAGGCCGGCGCACAGGGCGAGGAGGGCACCGGGGGCGGGGGGCUCCGCUCCCCGCCUGACCCCUCUCGCCCCAGCCAGGAAAGUGAAGGCUCCUCGGACUUUAGAGCCAGCGGACGGACCGACUGCGACCGCCAGCCGCUCCGGGUCAAGGACUUGCCCCGCCCGCCCCCCUCCCCGCCCCCAAGGCGCUCCGAACUCACUGGUGAGCGCGGCGGCCCGGGCGCUGGAUGCGGGGGCAGCUGCGAUGGCCCCGCGCGCGGGACAGCCGGAGCAAAGGGGGCCGCUCCUGCCGGGGCUGCUGCUGGUGGCGGCGGCGCUGAGCCGGCCCGCCGCACCCUGUCCCUUUCAGUGCUACUGCUUCGGCGGCCCCAAGCUGCUGUUGCGCUGCGCGUCGGGCGCGGAGCUCCGGCAGCCGCCGCGGGACGUGCCUCCCGACGCGCGCAACCUCACCAUCGUAGGGGCCAACCUGACGGUGCUGCGCGCGGCCGCCUUCGCCGGCGGGGACGCUGAUGGGGAGGAGGCGGCGGCGGGCGGUGUGCGCCUGCCGCUCCUGAGCGCGCUGCGCCUCACGCACAACAACAUCGAGGUGGUGGAGGACGGCGCCUUCGACGGGCUGCCCAGCCUGACGGCGCUCGAUCUGAGCCACAACCCGCUGCGCGCUCUGGGCGGCGGCGCCUUCCGCGGGCUGCCCGCGCUGCGCUCCCUGCAGCUCAACCACGCGCUGUCGCGAGGCGGCCCCACGCUGCUAGCCGCGCUGGACGCCGCGCUCGCUCCGCUGGACGAGCUGCGCCUCCUGGGCCUGGCGGGCAACGCGCUGGGCCGCCUGCCGGCCGCCGCGUUGCGUCUGCCGCGCCUGGAGCAGCUGGACGCGCGCCUCAACGCCCUGGCUGGCCUGGGCCCCGACGAGCUGCGCGCGCUCGAGCGCGAUGGCGGCCUCCCCGCGCCGCGCUUGCUGCUCGCGGACAACCCCUUGCGCUGCGGCUGUUCCGCGCGCCCCCUGCUGGCCUGGCUGCGCAACGCCACGGAGCGCGUACCCGACUCCCGGCGCCUCCGUUGCGCCGCCCCGCGGGCGCUGCAGGACCGGCUUUUCCUGGACCUGGACGAGGCGCGGCUGCGCUGCGCGGACGGCGACGCCGACAGUCGCGGGGAAGAAGUGGACCUCGCCGGCCCGGAGCUCGAAGCCUCCUACGUCUUCUUUGGGCUGGUGCUGGCGCUCAUCGGCCUCAUCUUCCUCAUGGUGCUCUACCUGAACCGCCGCGGCAUCCAGCGCUGGAUGCGCAACUUGCGCGAGGCCUGCCGGGACCAGAUGGAGGGCUACCACUACCGCUAUGAGCAGGACGCGGACCCGCGCCGAGCGCCCGCCCCGGCCGCCCCCGCUGGGUCCCGCGCCACCUCGCCGGGCUCGGGCCUCUGAGGGUUGCCCCUCUGGGAUUGACGGCUGUCCCUGCCAGCUGAUGACUUUACUGGGAUUGCCUGGCCUGAAUCAUGGGUGAGACACCCGCGAGUUGGGGGCUUUCAGACUUGCUCCUGACCAGCCUGAGACCUUUGGAUUAUGGCAUUCCCCCACCCCACCCCCAUCCAGAGGCCCCAAGCUGUAUCCCUCCUCCCCAACCUCUGAGAGCUCUCACCAUCAAGGAUCAAGAGACACCCUUGCUGAUUCCAGAAACCCUAUCUGCCCAUCUCAGGCUCGGACACAUCCUUCCCGAACCCUCAAAAGCACCCUCCCCCUCGAGAGACUUGGCCAGGAAACUUUGUCCUACCAUCCGAAAGCCCCGGGACUGCCUCCCACCACCCUAUGCUUUGAGGCCUGACCUCUCUGGGAAGCAUCACCUUAGACAUCACUGACACCCAUCUCCAGCUUGGAGACCUCAGUUCCCUUCCCAGGCCUUGGGGACCCUCUCAUCCCAUUCUGGUCUUGGAAGCAGAGCACCCUUCUGAAGGCUUUUGUGGGCUUUGAGCCUUUUUUCUCAUCCCGGAGCUCUGAGUCUUCCCAUUGUCCAGACACCCACAUCCCAGGGCUCUGAGGGUCGGGCACCCUCCCCCAGUCUGGGGUUAUAUUUCAUACUAUCCCCAGCACUGCAGCUCUGGCUCAGGCUCUUCCCUUUCUUGACCCAGGCUUGGGGCUCAGCUCCAUCUGUCUCCCAUCCCAGGGAUAGUCACACCCUAUUAUAGCCUUAGUAUGGAACAGAUUCUCAGCCUUUCUCACUGGGGCUCUGAUCCCCCAAUACUCAGUGCUUGUCCCUAAUCUCAAGACUCUCAGCUCUUCACCUUGAUCAGAGUUUAAUCCCCCUGCCCAAGUCUUAGACUCUCUAACCACCCCCCCCCUACACACACCCAUUGCUUGCAUUCACUGGGGCAGGGUCCAGUGAGGAAUCCAUUCCUGGGGUGCCCACCUCCCCUUUCCUCCUGGGAGGAGCUCUCCAGGCCUGCAAGACAGGUCCCGAGGCCAAGCAUCCCCCAACCAUACUGGCAGAUCCCCUUGGAGGAGUUGAGAGUCCUAGGGGUUCAAAGCAGUUGGUUGGGCCUCAGAACCAGGAUCACCCAUAUAUCGUGGCCUCAGAGAGGGGUAAGGGUGAAGGCUCUGAAGGGCUGGGUGCUGCUGCCUGCAAGCUCUUUCCCACCCCUGUAAUUCUCUUCCUGUGGAGAUCCCUUGCUGCCAUGCCCCCCCCCAUGCCUUUUAGAAGAGGUGAGGGGCCUCAUCUCUUGUCUCAGGCACAAGUCCUCCUGUUUAAGGUCAGAGCCUCAGUGCCCUGCCUUCUGCAUGAUCCCAAAGCACAAUUGGUGAGUGGGGAGGGGGCUGCCCCCCCCCGACUCCCAUCCCCUAGGUCAGGCAGAAUGGCUGGCCUGUGCUGCCUCUGCACACAGGAAGUUCCCCCUCCCCAAUAUACUGGCUUGAGGCCUGCCUUCCCAUCCCCUCCCAAGACAUCUGGAUCUCCCUUGGGCAGUUUUCUAUAAAGUCUACAAUAAUCUCGGAUACUCUACCCUUGUAAGUGGUGCCAUGUCAUUCCUGCUGAUCUUGGGGUGUUGAAGGAGGUGGGAGGGGACACUUGGUAGAGCAUUUGGGACCUCCCUGAGGUGAGGCAGUCACCUUUUGGUAUCUUCUCCUGGCGUAUGGGAGAAGAAAAAGGCUCUGACUGCGUGUAGCAGGAUUGAGGUGAGACUCACAGAGGGACUUCCCACUGGGAUUCCAUCGCUCUCCAAACCAGCCUGCCUUUUAUCCUCUGAGAGGGGGCUAUCCAUAGCCAGGGUGACAUCCUGCACUUCCUCUACAUCCUUCCACCCUGUCACUCCUCAUCACUGCGGUGGGGGUGGAGGAGGUGAGGUUGGACUGGAGGCACGGGGGAGGUGCCGUUGGACUGGAAACAUUAAUUAGCGUCAGAUGAGGCCAUCAGGGAGGAAAUCCAGCUACAGAGAAUCAGAGGCAGUUAAUUCAGGCAGGAAAGGAGGGAUCAUUAUUUAGUGCUUUGGUGUCAUCCCCUCUGAUGAAUUAUCUGACACUCCCUUAUAACUUGUGUCAUGCUAUGCUGUCCUGGGGAGAGGACUACAGACUGCACCUUGGGUAUGUGAGAGGCUGAGAGGGGGUGGGUAUGGAUAAAAUGACCCCUUGAGAUACGGGGAUCGAGGAGACAGGUGAGUUCUGGGCCAGCAGGGCCAUGGUAAGAGGUUUAUUUCCUGCCCCAGGGGCCCCAGACUGGAUCAUCUCACAUUCAGUUUCUCAGACCCCUAGAACCUCAUGGCAGAAGGCUAGUAUUCUGGCACUUGUGCAUCUUAGAGCCACAUAAUGCUAGAAUUUGUGCCUUUUAGACACUGGAAAGGACCUCAGAGAUAAUGUGGGAAGCCUCCUAGACCCUCUCAACAAGGGGCACCCUCUCUUGAUGAGAGGUACACUUCCUCCCCUCCUGGGAACAUCCCUUUCAUUGCCAGGGGCGUCUGCCUGGAAUUCCCUGACAGCCCCAGCUAUGCCUUGGGCCCAGAAGUAUACCUCACCCAGCACUGCUCCUCACAGAGUUGGAGACUCCCAGUCAUUCCUCGUGAGAAGGGCUCAAAUUCCCUUGAGGCGAUCCCACCUGUGAAUGACCUUCGGAAUGACCUCCGGGUUCUCCAGGACAAAAUGGAAGGCUAUCUCUAACACAGGUUAGAGACCUGUGUGUCUAACAGGUCACCUCCCCAGUUCCAAAGACAUGCCCUCGUAAUGUAGCCUGAGACUACAGUAGGUCUUGGCAAAUAAAA